GAGGGGAAGAGCGAUAAGGUAAGCGAGACAUUCGGCAAGUGGAUCAAUUGUGUAGCAACAGGCGGUAGCGAAAACAGUUCGCCUUUAAUCAGACAGGGUAGCCCCGUCAUGGACAGGUAGGCAGCUCUGGGCCUUCGACAGGGUAGACGAGUCGCGGAUGUCAAGUAUCCGCAACUCAAGACUCCGAGUCGCCGUCCCUUUCUCCCACUCCAGUGUCCUGAGGCUUAUAAGGAAAUCGGAAACAUGUUUCCCGAGAGAAAUCAUGGCCAACAACGGGCCUCUGCCGGUGGGCGUACGGGACAAGAUACCGCUCGCCCGAGCCUCGCGCCCCCGACGGCAAGCAGGAGAAUUACUGGCCUGACUGUACGUCAGUUUCUUCGGCCAUGACCAUAGCGAGACUGGUCAUGCCGCAGUGGUGUAAUGAGCACCCUUCGGCCUUGUACAUGUGAAGUCCUCAGGAUCGGCCCCGGGCAUGCCAAUUUAAGUAACGCCGAGGUCCAAUGGCACUUUAUCCGGUACUAGUCGCUAAAGCCCAUCCGUCCGGGCCAAUGCUGACGAUGCAAUGAACUCGAGGAGUAUAAAAGAGUCUACGGUGCAGGCAAGUGGUCAUCAUCAGCAUCUCGCAUUACAACAAUGUCUCCCACCGCUAACAAGAAAAUCGUCCUAGUUAUCGGCGCCACUGGUGCCCAGGGCAUCGCUGUCAUAGAGGCGCUCCUCGCCGCAUCCGCAGAUGAUUCGCCAUCCCCCUAUGCCGUCCGUGCCUUGACUCGCGAUCCCAACGGCCGUCGCGCUAAAGAGCUUGAGGCCAAGGGCGUGGACAUCUUCAAAGGAUCUGUGGAAGACUUGUCCUCUGUCUUCGCUGCCCUACAAGGUGCAUGGGGUGCGUUUGUGAACACAGACUCGUUCACCAUCGGCGAGCAAAAGGAGAUUUUCCUUGGAAUGCGCAUCUUCGAGCUCGCAAAGCAGGCGAAGACCGUCCGCCACUACAUCUGGAGCAGUCUUGAUUAUGUCGGCAAGAACUCGGGAUACAAUCCGAAGUACAGAGCAGAGCACUUCGACGGCAAAGGUCGUGUCGCAGACUGGCUGAAAGCGCAGCCUUCUGUCGUCAAUGACAGCGACAUGGCUUGGAGCUGUAUCUCGACUGGCCCUUACAUGGACAUGUUGAAGCUACCCAUGCUCGGCCCUCUCUUCCGCCGUGCGGACGGAACGUUUGUCUUCGCGUUCCCUACCGACUUAGGUCACGUCCCCAUGGUAUCUCUCAAAGAUAUCGGCUUCUUUGCUCGCUACUCCUUCGACAACCGUGCUGAAGUCUCAGGCAAGGAUCUCGAAAUUGCGAGCGAGAUGGCCACGCUCGACAAUACCGUCGGGACUUUCAAGAAGGUCACCGGGCUGCCGGCCGUCGCAGUGCACCUCACUGUCGAAGAAUGGUUCCGCAACUGGAAAAACACCGAUUGGCCUCUCGCGAGGGAGCGCAAGUACGGCGACGGGUCAACGACCUGGAAGGAGAACUUUACGGCGUUCUGGAACUUGUUCCGGGACGAUAUCAUUAAGCGGGACAUGACUUGGAUUCGUAAGGUCAAUCCCGACGGACAGAACCUAGAAAAGUGGAUGCGAGAGACUAAAUACAAGGGGGAGCUAGAGCUGUCCUUGCUGAAGUCCUGGGAGGACGGGAGCCGCGUUAGUCUUGACUUGGAGCACAUUACCGCAACUCUAGGAAAGGCGUAGGUACUGUACGGUUAAACUAGCAGGUUACACAGGUGUUAGUAUUCGUAAUAAUAGCAUUCACGCUGCAGAAGUUGGACAUUGCGCCGGC